CUUGCGGUGAAACAUGGCGCAGGGACAACGCAAGUUUCAGGCGCAGAAACCUAAAAGCAAGGCGGCGGCGGCGGAGCGGAGCCGCGGGCCUCGGAAAGGCGGUCGAGUCAUCGCUCCCAAGAAGGCGCGCGUUAUGCAGCAGCAAAAGCUGAAGAAGAGCCUGGAAGUGGGGAUCCGGAAGAAGAUGGAGCAUGACGUGGUGAUGAAGGCCAGCUCCAGCCUGCCUAAGAAGCUUGCACUGCUGAAGGGGCAUCAGAGAAGACCGGGGCCCCCGCCGCCGGCAAGGCGCCAUCCUGGUGGCACGAGGACCAACAAUGACCAGUGUGACAGGCUGUGAUAGACAGGCUGGCUCUGUUGUGGCUCCAGCCCUUCAGUGGGGAGAGUGUUUAGGGACUCAAUGGGAAUAAUCUCUCCCCAGGUGUGGGGCCCCCACCCCAGUCAUCUAAUGUCGGCUGUCAUUGUCUAUACAUGAAGAAGGUCCUGUAUCUCCAGCGAGGCACCACCUCCUCCCAUCACACCAGUAAUCCAGAGCCACUUGGGGACACUCCAGUGUUAACCAAUAAAGCUGUGUCACAGAGGC